AUGAGACUCGCGCAUCUCCAUCUCCCGAAUAUCACGCCCUUCACGCGCGUCUCGAACAUCCAACAGAUUCUCACGACACGUCUCCUUGCUCACAAAAAGGCAGCAUCUCUUCCUCCAUCAUCCGCAUCCUCAGUGACAUCAAUCUACCCGCUAGCAAAACCUCCAGAUCCUACGAUUAUCACAUUCACACCCAAUCCAGUCUACACCACCGGCCGUCGCGAUCUACCUCCAUCCAAUACCUCUUCCCCUUCGGAUUCUAAGCCUUCCCCAGAAUUGUCUCUGCCUCCGUCCCUCGAACCGAUAAGAUCCCUCCUUACCCCACCAGCAGCUAAUGACCCUUCCUCUGCCCGUCCCGUCGCUGAGUACCACCCGACCCUGCGCGGCGGACAAACCACCUACCACGGUCCGGGCCAGCUAGUCGCCUACACGAUUCUUGAUCUUCGCCGUCUCGGGUUAACACCACGAUGUCACAUCCGGUUGCUCGAGAACAGCGUCAUUGAUGUACUGCGUGGAUUCGGCAUCCAGGGGUUCGUCACCGAGGACCCUGGGGUCUGGGUCUCCGAUUCUUCUGACUCGACCAAACAAGAUCCGAAGAAGAUCACUGCUGUUGGAGUCCAUUUGCGCCGGCACAUCAGUAGCUACGGGAUUGGACUCAAUGUCACCGAGGAGCCGAUGUGGUUCUUCCGACAGAUCGUGGCCUGUGGGCUCGAAGGGCGUGAGGCGACCAGUCUUGAGGGUCAGGGCGUGAAGGGAGUCACCAUGGAGGAGGUUGCCGACCGAUUUGUCAAUGCAUUUGUGGAACGACUACGAACGGACUUCCCUCCAGGCCCUCCAGGCGCCAGUGAAGGCAUUGACGAAGUGUAUAAGAUUCAAGUAGAAGAUAUAUUGCAGGAAGGGAAGCAAGAACAGGCGAGAUUGUUUGAAUGA